ACGCGACCGCCUCCACCUCCCGCCCUUCCUUUUCUACCUUGGGGCCGGCCGGGCCGGUGUUGAGUGAGGUGUUUGGACGGCAGCUGUGGAAGUGGCAACGGUGACCAUGGCCGAGUAUCACUCCCAGAAUAAAGCCAGGCUCAUUUCUGAGAUCCGACGGAGGUUCGAAGCUGAGUAUGUGACAGAUAAAUCAGAUAAAUAUGAUCCACGUGAUGUUGAAAGGCUACAACAAGAUGAUAACUGGGUUGAAAGUUACUUAUCUUGGAGACAUAAUCUUAUAGAUGAAACACUGAAGAUGCUUGAUGAGAGUUUUCAGUGGAGGAAAGAAAUGGCUGUCAACGACCUGACUGAAUCAUCCAUUCCCAGAUGGUUAUUGGAAAUUGGUGGUAUUUAUCUCCAUGGUUAUGACAAAGAAGGCAACAAGUUGUUCUGGAUCAGGGUGAAGUAUCAUGUAAAAGACCAUAAAACCAUAUUGGACAAAAAGAAGCUUAUUGCAUUCUGGUUGGAACGUUAUGCUAAAAGAGAAAAUGGGAAACCUGUAACAGUGAUGUUUGACCUGUCAGAAACUGGAAUAAAUAGCAUAGACAUGGACUUUGUACGCUUUAUCAUCAACUGCUUUAAGGUUUAUUACCCUAAAUACCUCUCAAAAAUGGUGAUCUUUGAUAUGCCUUGGAUAAUGAAUGCUGCUUUCAAAAUUGUGAAAACCUGGCUUGGUCCAGAAGCAGUGAGUUUGUUGAAGUUUACAAGUAAAAAUGACAUCCAAGACUAUGUCAGUGUAGAAUACCUGCCUCCCCACAUGGGUGGAACUGAUCCUUUCAAAUAUAGUUAUCCACCACUAGUAGAUGAUGACUUCCAGACACCAUUGUGUGAAAAUGGUCCUAUUGCAAGUGAGGAUGAAACUUCAAGUAAAGAAGAUAUAGAAAGUGAUGGCAAAGAAACCUUGGAAACAAUUUCUAAUGAAGAACAAACACCUCUUCUAAAAAAGAUUAACCUACCUGAAUCUACUUCCAAAGCGGAGGAACAUGAAAAAGUUGAUUCCAAAAUGAAAGCUUUCAAGAAACCAUUGAGUGUGUUUAAAGGGCCCUUAUUACACAUCAGCCCAGCGGAAGAACUGUAUUUUGGAAGUACAGAAUCUGGAGAGAAGAAAACUUUAAUAGUGUUGACAAAUGUAACUAAAAACAUAGUGGCAUUUAAGGUGAGAACAACUGCUCCAGAAAAAUACAGAGUCAAGCCAAGCAAUAGCAGUUGUGACCCUGGUGCAUCAGUUGAUAUAGUUGUGUCUCCCCACGGGGGUUUAACAGUCUCUGCCCAGGACCGUUUUCUGAUAAUGGCUGCAGAAAUGGAACAGUCAUCUGGCACGGGCCCGGCGGAAUUGACUCAGUUCUGGAAAGAAGUUCCCAGAAGUAAAGUGAUGGAACAUAGGUUAAGAUGCCAUAUUGUUGAGAGCAGUAAACCAACCACUCUUACAUUAAAAGACAAUGCUUUCAAUGUAUCAGAUAAAACCAGUGAAGAUCUAUAUCUACAACUCAAUCGUUUACUAGAAAGCAAUAGGAAGCUUGAAGACCAAGUUCAGCGUUGUAUCUGGUUCCAGCAGCUACUGCUUUCCCUAGCAGUGCUCUUGCUUGCUUUUGUCAUCUCUUUCUUUUAUUUGUUGUACAGUUAAAGAAGUGGUGCUCGGUAGGAAACAUGGCUCUUUCGUUCAUUAGUUGGAAAAAGUAAGACCCAGAACUUCUCCACCACGCUACUACAAGUGUCACACAUCUGUGCUUCCUAAAAGGAAAUGUGCGAUGGAACAGAUACAUGUCUUGAAAAUAAACUGUUAGAAUAAGGAAACACUGAAGAAAUUGAUUAUAAGAGACUAUAGCUAGUUAGUAAAGUAAGAAAAGGCAUAUUUGUUGUGUAAAUUAAUAGUUUAGAUAUAAUUUAUUUUUUUCCUUUUGAAUUGAAUACUUUUAAAGCUUGUUUUAUUGUGUAUAAACAUUAGCUGAACUGAAAAGUGUAAUAUGCUUUGUUGCAGCCAAAAAAUGUAAUUUGCUUUUUUUAUAACAGAAUUAUUAUAGCUGAGCCAACUUAUUAGCUUUUCUAUACUAUGUAUAUAGAAUACACAUGUUGAAAAAAACAGAGUAAUUUCUGUAAUAAUGACUUUGUAUUUUGGAGAAUUACUUCCAGAUGCUAGUCAAUAUUCUCUUGGAAUGUAAAACUAUUUAAUGCCAAACCACCUUUAGCCUUUGUUUCUUAUCUGUCUUCCUUAACAGCCUGCCUUUUCUUAAUCUCGGACUUUUUUAUGAACACUCUCGUUUAGGUAGAAUUUGGGAAACUAAGUUUGAUUGGAUUUUCUUUGAAUUGUUAGUAAUGUCCAGAAGGAAAAUGUCUUCAGUCCCUGUUUCUAAGUCUUUUUUACACAGUUUCGCGUUGCUCACUAUGGCUGGACACUGACCCUUUUGCUUCAUUUAUUAUAAGGGCCUGAUCCUCCAUUGCACCAUCUUCACUUUCUUUUCUAAGUGAAAGGAGAUAAAAUUUUUUGAGAAGUUAAUUUUUGAGAUGCAUAGCAGUAUAUUUCGUUUACAUUUCGAUUCCUUGUUAAAAUCAGCUGUGAGAAGUAAAUUUGACAAAAGACCAGAGUGUCUAUAGGGUG